UUUCCAGACUAAGAUAUGUUUCUCGCAGGAAAAUCUACGAAUACUGGUUCCUUUAAGAGGAAUAUUUUAAGACCAACUUCUCCCAAAUCUCCUGUUGCAAGUGCUAGUGCCUUUGAAAGCGUAGAGGAAUCAGAUGACGAAGAUAUUAUAUCAGAAAGCGCUAAUUUAGAUACUACAUAUCUGCACUCGAAUGGAGAUGUUGGGGCUGAAGGUAAAAAUCCAUACGAGACUUUACCUAAUCAUGUUAAUACUAAUGGAGAGCAGAUGGCAAUCACUGCUUCAAGUAUGAUCCGUUCUCAUAGUGUUUCUGGUGAUCUGCAUGGUGUUCAGCCCGACCCAAUAGCAGCUGACAUUUUGAGGAAAGAGCCAGAGCAUGAAACUUUUGCUCGAUUGAAAAUUACACCUAUUGAGGAUAAAAAGUGCAGGAACAAAUCCAAUAUUUGAGAUUGGGUCGCUCAAGUUUGAGGGAUCCCAAAUCCACCGGUUAAUAAGAGAGCGAUCCCAUUCAAUUCAAUGUUGAUUGACAUGAAGUUGAAAUUAAAGAGUACUGAAUUCUAGAUCCACUUUCGCAACAGGGGAAACCAUGGUCACUUCACUUGUGCUUGCUGUGACAUCAACCUUUUCAAUUUUGUAAACAAGUAAAUCUUGAAAAUUCAAGGACUUGCUGCAGUCAUUGAUGGAAAGAAACCUGCAACAGUGUCUGGUACC